CGUGCAGGGUCAUGUCGAAUGCCGUAGGGGCUCCUACUUGCAGACGGCAAGAGGAGAGCCUAGUGGGGGGUCUGCCUUCCCCUCUUUUCCGGGCCGAGCCCACAAGUUAGAUGGGAAUGGUGUAUGAUUUGCAUUGCAUCGGGGGAACCGCUCAAUAUAAUCGUGCAUGCUGUCUGGGAAAUAUUAUUACCCUGCCUCCGUUUCUAUUUUUCUUAUCUCUAAAUCGCCUGGCAGGCCUUCGGCUGCGCAUGAUAGAAUGGCUCAUAAAAAGCCCCGUUGGGACCCUCAAAUUAUUGGAGAGGAUGCAAACCUAGAAGCACAAGAGCAUAGGGGAAAAAAAAACUACAGAAGAAAUACCGAAUGUCUAGCAAGCCGAUUUUCCUUGCAACUCAUCCGAGGUCGUGUUCGACGGCUUUCGAAAGGGUUAUGAUGACUAGGGAGGACUUGAGGUGUGUACAUGAGCCGUUUGGCGAUGCUUUCUACUUCGGCGGAGAGAGGAUUGGUGAGAGGUAUUUUGGGAAAGAACACCAAGGUGUCAGGGACAAAAGCGGAUUUUCCGAAACUACUUACCGAGACGUGGUCAGCAACAUUAGCGGUGGGGGAGAAGAUGGGAAAAGAGUCUUCUUGAAAGAUAUGGCCUACUAUAUCAUCCCUUACGAUUCAUCUGCUGGAAUUGGGGGAAUCGCUCCCUCGCUUCGAUUGGGAAUCCACGAGGGGGAGGGAUGUGACACCAAUGGGCGUUCUAAUGAUGCUUCUAAUGAGAGUACCGACGGAAUUAGGGAUGUCUCUCCGGAAGAUAACGACAAUCCAUCCGUUAUCCCUCUUUCAACCUUGAAGAACUACCAUUUCAACUUUCUGAUCCGCCAUCCCCGCCGUGCGAUCCCGUCUUUCUACCGCUGCACGGUUCCCCCGCUUUCCGAGAAGACUGGUUUCGACUACUUCCUCCCUUCGGAAGCUGGAUACCGCGAAUUACGAGUUUUCUUCGAUUACCUCCGCGCCAAAGGUCUUAUCGGGGGUAAAGACGGCGCAGAGGUAUGCCUCAUUGAUGCAGAUGACCUCCUCGACCAUCCUAAGGAGGUAGUCCAGAAAUACUGUGAGAGCGUGGGGCUGGAGUUCAAUGAGAGCAUGCUUGUGUGGGAAGCAGGGGGUUGUAGUGAUUUUGAUAAGUGGAAAGGAUUUCACGAGGAUGCUAUUGAGAGCAAGGGAUUGAGGCCUAGGGAGAAGAAAGUUUUUAGGACAGCUGAGGAGGAAUAUGCGAGCUGGGUUGAGAAAUAUGGCGAGGAGGGCGCCAGGAUAAUAGAGAAAGCUGUAGAUGCGAACUUGAGGGACUAUGAAUACUUGAAGCAGUUUAAGAUGAACGUCUAGACAAAUGGGAACAACAGGGCUUGAUCGGUUAUAGUUUGUUUUAUUGGAUUCAAUGAACUGUAUGCGGUAGUUAUACCCUUG